UAGAAACAAACAAAAAUUAAAUUCUAUAAAAAUUGAUUUGCUAAAUCGAAUUAAAAAUCUUGACAAACCAGUAGCAGUUCCAAUAAUCGAAAUUGAAACAAACAAAACGCGAUUAUGUAUACACAAUGAUGAGACUAGAAAAGAAUACUUACCAGAAAAGUAUGAUCCCUUGUUAAAUGGGCCUUCCCGCGGAAGAAUAAAAAAAGAUAUCACGUCGAUAAACGAUACUUCGAUCAAAAAGUUGAGAGAGAAGGUUAUGCUAAAUAGACUUCAUGCUUUAUUGUUGAUGUCUACUUUUGAAAAAAAGGAAAAAAAAACCAUUACAAGUUGGUGAGUUCUCAACUUUAUCAUCAAGUUUCAAUUUAACGGAUUCAGAACAACUAACAAAAUUUUUAGUAAAUGCAAUUGAGACAGACGAUAAAAAAUCUUCUGCAAUAGAAAAAAAAUAGGUAAAGAAGAAAUUGGUAAAAAAGUCCCCCGAUGGUCAUACAAAUUAAUACUGAAUUGGAACAAAUAUCGUAUUUUACAAAUCCACCAGAUGAUCAUGAUAUUCGUUCAAGAAAAGGGAUCAGUGUAUUAAUUUUUGAAGAACCUAAGACUCUCAAAGAUAAGACUACAACAAAGAUAAGAAUACAAAGAUACAAAUAUUCAAGCUAUAAAAUCCGACGAUAAUGAGAAAGAUAAAAAUAUUAAAAAGAAAAAGGAAGAUGAGGAUAAUAAGCUUUUUUUAUUACGAUAUCCGCACCAAUCUGAUUUUCGCCAAGGCUUAAUAAAAGACUCUAUGCGAACUCAAAGACGUAAAAUAGUUAUUGAGGGACUUUUUAAAGCAAAUGCGCAUUCCCCUCUUUUUUUUUGACAGGAUGAGGAAAAAAAACCUUUUUUUCUCUACCAUACCUGGCUCAACUGAAACGGCUUUUUAGAAAAUGGUCAUCCAUAAAGAGUUUGGGAUUUUAGAAUCUACAGAGGAAAAAAAAAUAAUAAUAAAAAGAGAAACCAAAAAGGAAAAAAAAACGACGAGAGGAAAUAGAACGGUUAGAGAUAGGGGAAGCCUGGGAGACUUUUCCAUAUACCCAAAUAAUAAGAGGUUUUUUAUUAAUAACCCAAUCAAUUCUCAGAAAAAAGAUUCUAUUACCUUCAUUCAUAAUCGGUAAAAAUAUCGGGCGUAUGCUACUAUUUCAAACUCCUGAAUGGUCUGAAGAUUUAAAGGGAUGGAAUAGAGAAACGCAUGUGAAGUGUACUUAUAAUGGUAUUCCGUUAGCUGACAAAAAAUUUCCGGAAAAUUGGUUGACAGAAGGUAUUCAAAUCAAAAUUUUAUUUCCUUUCUGUCUCAAACCUUGGCACGAAUAUAAAUCGCUAAAUUCUCGUGAUGACUUUUGUUUUUUAACAGUUUGGGGAAGGGAAACAGAACACCCUUUUGGUCAUCCACGACAAAAACCUUCGUUUUUUAAGCCUGUUUUUAAG